AUGUCAGAUUUCAGUGGUGUGAUCCUCAGCCCUGGGUUUCCUGGAAACUACCCCAGCAGUUUAGAUUGCACGUGGACAAUAAAGCUGCCCAUAGGUUUUGGUGUCCAUCUGCAGUUUGUAAAUUUUUCUACAGAAACCAUACAUGAUUAUUUGGAAGUAAGAAGUGGAUCCUCAGAAACUAGUACUGUUAUUGGGCGACUUAGUGGUCCUCAAAUACCAUCUUCCCUGUUUAGCACAACCCAUGAAACCAGCUUGUAUUUUCACAGUGACUAUUCACAAAACAAACAAGGGUUUCACAUUGUAUACCAAGCCUAUCAGUUGCAAAGCUGUCCUGAUCCACGCCCAUUUCGAAAUGGUUUUGUAAUCGGCAAUGAUUUUACUGUGGGUCAAACCAUUUCAUUUGAAUGUUUCCCUGGAUAUACACUGAUUGGAAAUUCAGCCCUCACUUGCCUUCAUGGAGUGAGUCGUAACUGGAAUCAUCCACUUCCAAGGUGUGAAGCUCUUUGUGGAGGGAAUAUAACUGCAAUGAAUGGAACCAUUUACUCUCCUGGGUAUCCAGAUGAAUAUCCAAACUUUCAAGACUGUUUUUGGCUUGUAAAAGUACCCCCUGGGAAUGGAAUCUACAUCAACUUUACUGUCCUACAAACAGAACCAAUCUAUGAUUUCAUCACUGUAUGGGAUGGACCAGACCAAAACUCACCACAGAUUGGACAGUUCAGUGGCAAUACUGCUUUGGAAUCAGUCUAUAGCACUUCAAAUCAGAUUCUAAUCAAAUUCCACAGUGAUUUCACAACAAGUGGCUUUUUUGUGCUCAGUUAUCACGCCUAUCAGCUAAGAGUGUGUCAGCCUCCACCACCCGUACCCAAUGCUGAAAUUUUGACAGAAGAUGAUGAAUUUGAAAUAGGUGAUAUUAUUAGAUAUCAGUGUCUUCCAGGAUUUACUUUGGUUGGUAAUGCAAUUCUGACAUGCAGAUUAGGAGAACGACUCCAGAUGGAUGGUGCACCUCCUGUUUGUCAAGUGCUCUGUCCCGCCAAUGAAUUACGCCUGGAUUCUACGGGAGUCAUAUUGAGCCCUGGAUAUCCUGACAGUUACCCAAAUCUUCAAAUGUGUGCCUGGAGCAUUUCUGUGGAAAAAGGAUAUAACAUCAGCAUGUUUGUAGAAUUCUUCCAGACAGAAAAAGAAUUUGAUGUUCUUCAGGUGUAUGAUGGACCAAAUAUUCAAAGUCCAGUGCUUGUUUCACUCAGUGGGGAUUAUUCAUCUGCUUUUAAUAUAACAAGCAAUGGUCAUGAAGUAUUCCUGCAAUGGUCAGCAGAUCAUGGCAAUAACAAAAAAGGCUUCCGGAUAAGAUAUAUAGAUGAAUACAUUGAAGUUUCAGAGGGUAAAUGGAUCCUGCCAGGCUGA